UUUUUCUUCUUUUCAUCGCCAUCUAAGUUAACUACAUUAAGAAGUCAAAGGAAAUUUUCAACUUCGAACAUGAAUGUAAUCAAAAAAGGGGGGAAUGACUUUCAAUUCAUAAUACUGUCCAGCCGAGGCUAUGUCAUUCCUCCUCUCAUUGGAUGAUGAUAAGGUCAUAGGUCAGGGUCAGCACGUUAACAAUAUGGCUGCCGAGGAUAUUGUAAAGCAUUCUGUUCACACGUUAGUGUUUCGUUCUUUAAAAAGAACGCACGACAUGUUUCUUCAUGAUCAUACGUUUCCUGUAGCAAGAGAUUUAACAAGUGAUAAAUUAAGGAUUCAAUGUAAAAUAAGAGAUGAGUAUAAUGCUGUUAAAGAUGUCCCUAUCAAUAAAGAAUCAACUGUACCAUUUUCUAAUGAAGAAAUCAAAACAACUGAAUUUGGCAAUGAUGAAAAUGAUAAACAAACAGUAGUUUUAGGAGUUCAUCCUUAUCCAUCAAUUCCAGGAACAUCUCUCAAUGAACAAAAUGCUGUGAAAUCUCAACAACCAUCACCAGCGACUAUUCAACAUAUUUUGAAGACAUUACCACCUAGUAAAACACAAAUUGAAGGAAAUAAACAAAGUUCAAGUAUCUCCGAUAUCAGGAAACAUGCAUUACUAUCCGGUGGUAGUGAAAGAUUGACAGGUCCUAGUAAGUCUUUGGUUCCUGCAGAAAAAAUGUCUUCCAAUGCAAUUGUACAGAAACGAGCUCUAACUAUGCCAAAACCAGAUUGGCAUGCCCCAUGGAAAUUAAUGAGGGUUAUCAGUGGUCAUACAGGAUGGGUUAGAUCAGUAGCAGUUGAGCCUGCAAACAAAUGGUUUGCUACAGGAUCGGCUGAUAGAACAAUCAAGAUUUGGGACUUGGCCAGCGGUCGACUUAAACUUUCAUUGACAGGUCACAUUAGUACAGUGCGUGGAUUAGUAGUAAGUCCACGCCAUCCGUAUCUUUUCUCUUGUGGUGAAGAUAAACAAGUGAAAUGUUGGGAUCUUGAGUAUAAUAAGGUUAUUCGUCAUUAUCAUGGACAUUUAAGUGCUGUUCAUGAUAUUUCACUUCAUCCUACAAUUGACGUUUUAGUUACUUGUGGUCGUGAUUCAACAGCUAGGGUUUGGGACAUGCGCACUAAAGCAUGUAUUCAUACAUUUGCUGGACAUACGAACACUGUUGCUGUUGUACGGACUCAAGCCGCUGAGCCUCAGGUGAUCACAGGAAGUCACGACUGUACCAUCCGUUUGUGGGAUUUAGCUGCAGGAAAAACUAAAGCGACUUUGACAAAUCAUAAGAAAAGCAUACGAGCGAUGACAUUGCAUCCGACACAAUAUGCGUUUGCCUCUGCAUCUCCUGAUAAUAUCAAACAAUGGAAGUUUCCAGAUGGUAAUUUUCUUCAAAACCUUCCUGGACAUAAUUCGAUUAUCAACUGUAUGACUGUCAACUCUGAUAAUGUCCUUGUUACAGGAGGUGAUAAUGGUACGAUGUAUUUCUGGGACUGGAAAACUGGUUAUAAUUUCCAACGAUUUCAAGCAACCGUUCAACCGGGCUCACUCGAUAGCGAGGCUGGUGUAUUUGCCAUGACUUUUGAUCAAAGUCAGAGUCGAUUGAUUACUUGUGAAGCUGACAAAACUGUGAAGAUUUAUAAGGAAGAUGAUUCAGCUACCGAAGAAAGCCAUCCAAUAAAUUGGCGACCAGAAAUUGUAAAACGUAAACGUUAUUAAGAAGUAAUCGGUCUGCAGAAAAACAGCAAGUUUAUAAAAUGAACAAACCUAGAAAGAUGGUAUGUAGUACAUGCAAAAAACCUAGCAUGAUUAUGACACCAACAGAUCAGUUACAUUCAAUCUUUGUGACAAAUGUAUUUUCACUUUUCAUAGUGAUAAAGUCCUGUUUCUUUAUAUUACAAGAUGCAGUUGUUAUUGAAUUGGUUGCAAUGCUCUAAUCUAAACUGCAGUUUCUCUUAUCAAAACUAGUAAUUCCUUACUAUAAUACAAAUUUUGUGUAAUAAUUACUGUUGUAGCCGCGCGCGUGAUGGAACUUUCUCAAUUUUGUUUUCGUUAACAUUGUUAAUCGUCAACAUCGGUUUUUGACUCUCAAAAAUGUUUUAAGUUAUUGUUAAUUUUAUAGCUUGAGCAGUGAUAUAAGAUGUGAUGAAUAUGACUCAAAGUUGUAUAGUGACUACGUCACUUAUGGAGUUAUAGCUUUUUAAAUUAUAGAGCAAUACGUUGGUUUAA